UUUAUUCAGAAGGAUAAUAUAAGAGAAUCUACAUUAGUCAUAAAACUAUAAUUGUACAUAACAUUUUGUAAUUGUGAAAAAUGCAGUGUAGUUAAUAAUAAAAACUUAGUGAUAUAUAGAAUUUAGGAAUGAGAAUAUUUGAUGCGAUCGAGAGUACAUAUUGUGUGUGAAAAUGGCAAGUGCUGAAAAAUUGAAAGAAAUUAAAGAUGAAUAUACAUCGAGUUUAAGUGAUUUAACGAUAAAUAGUAAACCGUUAAUAAAUAUGCUAACUAUGUUAGCUGAAGAUUAUAUGGAAAAUGCAUCGGUUAUCGUACAAGCUGUCGAGGAACAUCUUGAAAAGGUUCGCAGUGAAUAUAAGCUUCCUGUUCUCUAUCUAAUCGACUCCAUCGUCAAGAAUGUUGGACAUGCGUAUACAACCUUAUUUACCCAAAAUAUCGUUGCGAAUUUCUGCGGCGUGUUUGAAAAGGUUGAUGAAAGAAUACGUUCGCAAAUGUUCAAACUACGGCAAACGUGGUCCGAAGUUUUUCCUGCCAAAAAAAUGUAUGCUUUGGAUGUGCGUGUUAAUGCUAUUGAUCCAGCAUGGCCUAUAAUUGCACCUCCUCCGACACCAAGCAUUCAUGUAAAUCCAAAAUUUUUUAAUAAGAGUGCUGGCACAACUGCGGUAACAACUCCUUCAACUACAACUCCUGUAACAACUACUGCUCCAGUAGAUGCAACGUUGGAUAUGCGUGCUAAAUUGAUAAGUAAACAAAAAGAACUACUUGAAUUGCAACAAAAGAAAAUUGAAUUGGAAUUGUUACAAGCUAAAGUUAAGUUGGAAGAACAGCAAAAACAGUUUGCGAUGGCGCAAAAAACCCAAAGAAAAAAUUCUCCAACAAUUACGACCACGGCUUCAACUACCACUUUACCAUCAAUGAAAACAAUGCUUACAAAACCAGCAGUGUUAUCAACCGUAGCCAAAAGUUCUGAAACUAAAACAUCAUCAUCGAAACAAUCUAUGAAAGUAUCAUCGCAGGUAUCACAAUCAUUUUCUACACCCAAAGUAACACCUCCCACAACAAAUGGUCCACGAAUUACACCAGUGAAUAGUGCAUUAAUUAGUGCUAGCUCUCGUGGUGUGUCCCGUGAUCCACGUUUAGCAGCAAAGCAAGCCAUUCAACAGCAGCAGCAACAACUACAGAGUACAGCGCCCACAAUUAAUGAAAAAUUAGAUGUAAAAUCAAGUAAAAGCUCAAAUAAUGAACCUGUAAAUAUAGAAAAAAGUGAUACAAAACAAAAAAAUAAUCUUGAAGUAUCAAAUAAAAUUACUAAAGUUACUCAACCCCCUAAUACUGCAUCAUUAUCAAUAAAAGACCCCCGUUUGAUUAGUAGUAAAGUACAUGGUGGUAAUAAUAUUCAGAGUAGUAAUACUACCCCUAGUCUAGGUAAUAAAAGUGGUAAGUCGGGUUCUCGUACAUUCUCCGAUGGUAAUUCACGUACAAAAGAAUCCGGCAUACCAAUUUCAAACAAUCGUAAUAAAAGUAAAAGUAGACAAAAAGGUGGUAAACAAAGUGAACAGGUAGCCAACAAAGUUGUAGAUAUUACUAAUGUUAAUGUUAAUAAAUUUUCUAAAAUAAAAAGUAGCAAUGAUUCCUUGAAAAUUCCACGUUCCUCGCCCAUGUCACGAUCACCUUCAAAACCAAAACGUAAGGAGCGUAAUAAUUCUCCUGUAAAAAAGUCCCCACAAUCCUCGUCAUCAUCUGAAUCUCCAUCAAAAAAACGUAGCCCACACUCAAAACAUUCAAAGAAUCGACAUACUAGUAAUAAAUAUGAUGUUGACAUGGAUAUUUGUAACUCACCGUCACCGACACCUCCCCCUCCAGCGCCGCCUAGUGUUGGUAAUUUAGUGGAAUCAACAUCAGCGGCGUCAUCGACUAAUAAAGUUGAUGAUAAAAGUUUUAAAGAUUUAAAAGGUUCAACAAAAAGUAGAAAUUAUAUUCGACGUAAUCGUGAUAUGUCUCGUAGUCCUGAUGACAUGUCACCAAAUAAAGACGUCGAUUUGAGAGUUGGUGGUGCUCCACCUGAAAAGCAGGCGCGCCUUCAAUCACCAAUACCACCGGAGGCUGAUACCGUUGGUUCAACACUUGUACCUGAAAAUAAUUUGAAAAAUUCGAUUACAGAUCAAAUUAUUAGGGAUGUUAGUGUUGCUGCAUCUAAAGACAUAGAUUUACGGCAGUUACCACCAGCUGCAGUACCAGCACUUAUCGGUAAAAAACGAUCAUCAACCGAUAAAUUAGAAGCAGUUAAUCCCAAAAAAUCGAAAGCUGAAAUGUUUGACGUAUUAUUUGGUAAUGAGGAUGUUGAUUUACGUACGUUGCCACCCAAAAUGGCAACCGUGCCACCUGUACAACCUCCAACACCCCCGCCACCUGUAAUAUCAUCGCCAACAUCAUCAAUGAACACUGAAGAUUGGCAAAAAGCUAAAGAACCAAAAUCAUCACCAACGCCAACUUCACAACAUUCACCACAACGUUCAUCAUCACCACCAUUAAAUACACCCAACACGCAUCUAGCAACAGUUAGAGCAAAAUUGGCAAAUGCAACAAAUAGAGAUCGUUUAGGAAGACCAUUAUUAUAUAAUAAGUUACCUGACGAUCCCAAGGAACGGAAACGUACAAUAUCAACAACAGGUGAUGUUGAUUUACGACGAAUACAAAAACCGCCACCAAUUAAAACGGAUGCAGCUAUAAAACAAUUCCUACAACAAGUGGAAGAAGAACAUAAGAGUGGCAAAAUGUCUCAAGCACAGUAUCAAAAUGCAGUGGAACAAGUAAUUACAAUUUUAGAAAGACAAAAAUUGCGUAAAGCAAAACGUAUGGAAUCAUUAAACGAUUCGUUAGAUACAAGUGGUGGAGCAGGUAUGAAUUUAAGUUUACAACCAAUCAGCGACGAUGAAUUGAGUGCUGAUUAUAGUGAAGAAGAUGAAGAAUUAGAAAAGAUGUCAACCAAAGAUGUUGAUGAUCGUCAAUUGCAUGUUAUUACAAACUUAACGAAUACACCAGAAGUGGAUAAGAUUGAUUUAACAUCUCCAAAUUCCCCGUAUGAAAAAUCAAACGAAAAUCCAACAAUUGAUUUGACACGCCCUUCGAAAGAUGAUCGAGAAGAACAAGAACGUGAUAAUAGAGAUCGUGGCCGUGAUCGAGAUCGCGAUGAACGUCCUCCACGAUCUAGAAGAUGGGAUGGCGGUGGAAAUGAACCAUGGAAUCGACAACCAAUAAGAUCACCUUGGCUACAUCCACCAUUAGGGCUUAUGGAAAAACAAAAUCCAUAUAGUACACCUUGGAAAUCUCCAUUUAUUAGUGGUAUUCCACCAUUAGGUGGAGGAAUUUCGUUACAUGGACCAGUAAAAGAACUUUUAGAAAAUCGACCAAAUGUUGCCGUUGGUGGGUUUGUACAAAGACCACCAGUUGUCCGAUAUGGACCUCGAUCUGCAUCCCCACCAGCAAUUGGCUCACAAACAACGCGCGAACUACCUCAUGCUGAUCAAUUAGUUAUAGAAUAUAUUAAUAAUGACUCAAUGCGAACAAUUAAUAUCGAUGGAAAUCCAACAGAAAUUCGAUAUUAUGGAGAUACUGCCAUUACUAUGAAAGGUGAUGAAGCUAGAGAAAUAACAUUUCAGAAUGGUACACGACGUAUUACUUUCGGUGAAAAAGAGAGUUAUGUGCUGGCAUUUAACGAUGUUGCUCGAGAAGUAAUGAUUGCUGGAGUAGCACAUCGAGUUCGUUUAGGAGCACCCACUCGCGAGUUAUAUAUCGAUGAUAAAUGGUACGAAUGUUUCUUUGGUGGCCCUGGCAUAGUUAUUGAAAUCGAUAGAGAAUAUCGAGUUGUCAAACUAGAAGGACCCCCACCUCAAGUUAAAGUUGGAAAUAAACGAAGUGAUUUGUGUGUGGGGCGUAUUAAUUUAAUUAUAAAUGCUAAAAAUAUUGUUCCAAUUUUCUUAGAUGCAAAACCACAGAAAUUUGAUAUUGAAGGGAAAAUUCAUACGUUACGUUUUGUGGAUGCUUUACGCACUGUUUUAAUAAAUGAAGAACCGUUUAAAGUAGAUUUUGGUGGUUUACCAAAACCUAUAAUUGUUCAUAAUAAAAAACACUUCAUACGUUUUACAAGAUUACCGCCGGGUAUCAAACCGGGGUAUGUAGAUAUAAAAGACAUGGAGGGUCAAAGAUUUGCGGGAUCACCGCCAAGAGCUGAGAAUGAAAAUAGUAUGGAUAGGCUUCUAGUUCCGGUUACUGAAGUUUUACCACCACCCACAGAUUUAAUCACUAACGAGCCAGCUUUACCAAUGUUCGGAAAACGAAAACCGUUGGAUGUAGCAGAUCAGCCUACUGCCACUGGAUCGCCAGAUAAUCGUGUAACUUCGCCCACGCCAACUAAUCCUGUAUUAACAUCGAACUCAUUUAAAAAUUUCAAUUUAGAUUUACUAUCCAGUAUUAUUACGCCAGCUAUGGCACCGUCAUCAAAUAUCAAUGCAAGCGGUUACAAUACAGAUCUUCUAGUCAAUUCUGAUCCGACAAAUCCAUCUGAAAUUCCUGGUUUAGGUGGAAUACCGCAACCUGCACAAGCUUUACCGCCACCUCCAACUCAACCUCAAACACCUGCUAUUGGCUUAACAGCACCGCCACGAAGCUUAGAAGAACUUACUGAAUUAAUACAAAAAUUACAGGCCACUGGUAUAUUAAGUAAUGUGUCAGAAACUUUAACAGCCAAAGAACCUAAUCCAGUUGAAGUACAAGAUAAUGUAAUAAAACCAGUUGAUUUUGCUCAACCAGAAACGCUAAAAGCAAAACAACCGGCGAUUAUUUCUGCCUUAUAUUCUGGUAUGCAAUGUAGUAGUUGUGGAGUACGAUUUCCACCUGAACAUACUAUGAAAUAUAGUCGUCAACAUUUAGAUUGGCAUUAUCGACAAAAUAAGAAGAAGAAGCAUUCAGUUCGUAAAGCAAAUAGCCGUAAAUGGUUUUAUGAUGUAUCUGAUUGGAUUCAAUUUGAAGAAAUUGAAGAUUUGGAAGAAAGAGAAAAAAGUUGGUUUGAAAAUCAACAAGUUGCAGCUAGUGGAGCUGAAAAUAAUGGUGAAACUGCUGAAGAAACGCCCGAAGAAAUAGAAAUACCUAGUGUAGAUGCUCGUAGUGCUGGUGAAAAUCCAAGAUGUGAUGUAUGUUAUGACGCUUUUGAUCAGUUUUAUAACGAAGAAAAAGAAGAGUGGCAUUUAAGAAUGGCAAUUCGCGUUGAUGAUAAAUUGUAUCAUCCUUUAUGCUACGAAGAUUAUAAGGUUUCAUUGCUUGAAACGGAGCCACUUGAAGAAUCUACUUCAUUAAUUGAAAUUCGCGAUGAAACUGAUGAAAAUACAAAUGAAGAUGAUGUUAAAGAAAUUAAGGAGAAAGAACCAGAACCAGUAGUAAUUGAUGACGAAGAACCGAAACCUGAGGAAAUUAAUUCUGAUAUCUUACCAUUAUUAUCAACUGAAGAAAAUCCUGAUAAUGAAACAAAAGCUUCAGAAGAUACAAAAGAACAAGAAGAAGAUAUUGAUGAUUUAGAUAAUUCAGAACAAGAUGUUUGUAUAAUAUUACCAGAGGAAGAGAUACCUAUUGUAAAAAUUGACGAUACCGCAGAUGAUGAAGAUGAUGUAUUUAAAGAGAAUGAAUCAUCAAAUGAGUCUACACAAAAUGUGGUUAAACAUAAGAUGGAGGAGGUAGUAUUAGCUGAUGGCAGUAUUGUCAAAAUUAAAUCAGAACCUCUUGAUCCAGAUAUUGAUGAACCUAUCGAAGAAAUAGCAUCGACUACUGCAGAUAAUUCACAAAUAUCAGUACAAAGUUCAAUAGACGGUAAUGUGCAAUUAGAUUCAACUGUAAAUAUUGGCACAAAUGUACACAGUGGUAAAAUCAAAAUAAAUAUAUCAAAACCAUUAAUAUCAUCUCAAAGUAGUUCGCAAUCUAAAGAGAUAUCCGAUUUAUCAAACAGUCAAAGUAUAUCUGAAUCAUUAGACAGUUCAGAACCCCCACCUCCAGGAGAAGAACCACCAUUGCAAAUCAAACUAAAGCCAGCUUUACAAGGUGUUAAUUUAAAAGUAAUGCCUCCAGUUAGUAAAGGAUCUGAGUUAUCAGGGUUGUGUUCAAUCAUGUGAAUUGUGCUUGUGAUAUUAGGAUUAUGUGUGUUUGAGUGCAGCUUUUACGUGUAAUGUCAAUAAGGUGAAAGUGGCUUUAUAAUAAAUAUUUUGUGUAAAGAAAGAACAAUUUGUGUACUUAGAAUAUUGUAAAUUACAAAGACUUAAAACGCCGUAUUUAAAAUCAAGUGUAUUUUUAAUUUUUUUAAUC